AGUCGUCGUCACGUCGCCGUCAGGUGAAAGGUCGAACUGAGGCGGGGGUGGGGUCGUGCGCAUGCGCGCGCGGUAGCUCGGAGCGGCCUGAGGCCCAUGUGGAGCGGCGGCGGCAAGAGCAGCAGCAGGAGCAGCUUAACCGCCGCUGCUGGAUCCCGGGGCCCUCGCCAGCAGCUAUGAAGGGUAGCCGGAUCGAGCUGGGUGAUGUGACGCCACACAACAUUAAGCAGCUGAAGCGGCUAAACCAAGUCAUUUUUCCCGUCAGCUACAAUGACAAGUUCUACAAGGAUGUGUUAGAGGUUGGCGAGCUUGCCAAACUGGCCUAUUUCAAUGAUAUUGCAGUGGGUGCAGUGUGCUGUAGAGUAGAUCAUUCUCAGAAUCAGAAAAGACUGUACAUCAUGACGCUUGGAUGUCUGGCCCCUUACCGAAGGUUGGGGAUAGGAACUAAAAUGUUGAAUCAUGUGUUAAACAUCUGUGAAAAAGAUGGCACUUUCGACAAUAUCUAUCUACAUGUCCAGAUUAGCAAUGAAUCUGCUAUUGACUUCUACAGAAAGUUUGGAUUUGAGAUCAUUGAGACGAAGAAGAACUACUACAAGAGGAUAGAACCAGCGGAUGCUCAUGUGCUGCAAAAAAACCUCAAAGUCCCUUGUCUCGGCCAGAACACAGAUGUGCAAAAGUCUGACAACUGAACAAAACCCAAUGAACGCUUUCUUGCACUUUCUUGUCACCAAAUAGGGAAAGAGAGGCCUGGUGUCUGUUUUUGGUUUCCCCCUGCUCCUAAUGUGUGUUGUAUCCUCUCCAACAAAUUAAUAACUUCCCAAGGAUUGUCAAAUUGUGUGUUUGGGUUCUAUAGCUCUACUUCUUUGCAAUUUUGGGAUGGAAGUAGUAUGCGGUUCUAGCUGGGGUGGGGCCUUCAUUCGGUCUUCCAAAGGUCAGCUUUUCCUCGGUAUGUGUGUGAUCCUCCUGCAUUCCCAUUGAAGGGCAGAGUUUUAAGCAAUACCUUGCAUCCAGGCUCCUAAUACCAUGCCACUUUUUUUUGUAAUGGAGUCUAUUGGUCUCUAGUUUUGAACUUGGUUUGGCAGUUUUGGCCUUGUUUACUAUUUGAACAUGCAUCAGUUUGGAAGCUAAUUCAGAGCAUUUGAGCUGCCAUUUCUUCAUUGUGUUUUGAGACAAAGUGGCUGGCGAGAAGAUUCAACUUGCUGAGCGGUCAGCAAGUGACCAGCUGAUGCA